CCCAUCAGAGGGAGGUAGAGAGAGGCUGGUUCGAGGCUUCCGGCUUCAGACUAGCAGACACACAAAAAGCCUCACUACUCAGAGAGGUGUCGAACAGCGCGUGACAUCAGACAUCUCUACCCCCCAGGAAAGCUGCUCGUGGCCGGGGAGAGCUGAGGGAGCUGACCGCUGAACGGGCACGGAAGUUUACCGAAGUAGCACGCUUAUGCUAGCUGAGGAGAGAAUGGGGACUGAAAUCAUUUGAAAAUAAGCAGAAAGGGGAGGCAGCCUGCUGCGUGAAACUUAGAAAAACCGCACAAGUAAACAAAAAGAUGGGGCACGAGCCGCGCGACGACUGACACCCAUCAGACACAAAGAACCGGGUUGGGUCCAGUGCAAGAGGACGGGACGGGGCUGAGUGGUGGGUUCAAAUCUUCUCACAGUGAGGAGCUGCUGCUUGGAAACAGGAAACGCUGAAAGGUGUUUGGCACAUCUCCCCGCAGCAUCAGGGAACAUUGUCAGAUGUGUACCCAGCACAUGAAGCCCCUUGCCCGGCCGUGGGGAUGGCAGCCUCUGCCUUGAACUUGAACAGCCUCGGAGUCAUGAACAGCAGUAACCAGUUCCAGCCCGGAUCCUCCAGUACCGCCUCUCGAACCAAAUCCAGUCCAGUUGCCCGACCUGUGCUGCCAGUCCCGGAUCGGAGCACCUACUGUCCUUUACUGGGAGGAAGUCUCUACAGCCCAACAAGUCCCAAGACAAGUCCCCGAUCUCCGGGCCAAGCGUUCGUCUUCCCUGCUCCAACUCUGCUCCCUCCCAACGCCACCGCUCGUCCUCGCUCCCCGUCCCCGCGAAGCCCGGAGCGCCUAGGUGUAAAUGUGGGCCAGCGAAUACGACGCCUGAGCGGUGAAGAGCGAGGGGAGGGAGACGGGCAGGAGGAGACGGGAGGAGAGACAAGGGGAGGGGAAAGGCGAGAGGAGAAAAGACGACAGGCACAGAUGCUGCAGAUCCACAGGGAGCUGCAGAACGUCGAGGUCAGGGGGAAGGUGGGUAUGUUUGAGGCCCACAUUUCCGGGAGUCGGCCCCAAGUACCCAACAGUGAGUUCCAGCGCUGCCCGUGGUCCUCCCGUCGAGCAAGUAGCCCAACCUCGUCCCACCUCAACCAAGGAAACACAGAUCAUGAACACCUAAUGACCGAUCUACAAGAGACUAAACUUUCUUUUGUUGUCCAAAAUGGCAAAGAGGUGGAAGAAAGAAUAAGCGAGCAACCAAGGAAAGAACAGCGAGGAUGUGAAGGAGAAGAGGAUGGCAGCACCACUAAACCCAUCAUAGAUAACGAGACACUGACUGGUCAAAAUGGCUUCCUUUUAGAGACCAGAACACAAACUCUGUUGACCGACCGACUGUUCGCUCAAAGUUCAACUAAGUCGUCAGAAAAAGGUGCCGAAAGAGAUGAGAAAGUAAAAGAACAGAAACAACCGGAGGGAGACAAAGACAAAGAGGAGGUAGGAAACAGACGAGUGGUGGUAGAUGAACGAGAACGGACAGAGAGAGAACCAAUGGAGGAGAACGAGGAACCAUCGUGUCCUAAAGAGCUGCUUCAGGCAGACGGAAACACGGACAGGACCCCUGAGACCACUGCUUUACCUCAGGAACAGGAGAGUGAGAGCUCCCCAUGUCUGCCAGACACCUCUAACCACUCUUCCUCCUUGCCUCCCUCCAUCCCUGCUGUCAUAGUAACUGACCAUGGCUUGGAGAGCCCAUCUCAAACUACUGAUGGUUCUGGAUCAGAACAGGGACGGUCCAGCUCUCCCAGCCGCAGCUCCAGUCCUGCUCCGAGCUCCAUUCGGUCUUUGAGGAAGCUGUCCUCCUCUUCCACCUCCUCAGCUGGCUUCUCCUCUUCUUGGGAGGAGUCGGAGGAGGAUAUUUCCAGUGAUACAGAGAAAGGAGAGCAUCUUCUCAACCCCGGACUUCUCAGUUCUCAACAGAAAGCACACAAGUCUUGGAAGAAGAUAAAGAACAUGGUUCACUGGUCGCCGUUCGUCAUGUCCUUCAAGAAGAAAUAUCCUUGGAUCCAGCUGGCGGGGCAUGCCGGGAGUUUCAAGGCAGGAGCAAACGGCCGAAUAUUAAAGAAACACUGCGAAUGCGAGCAGCGCUGUUUGUCCCUGUUGAUGGACGAUGUGCUGCGUCCAUUCGUUCCUGGUUACCAUGGAGACAUAGAGAAAGAUGGGCAGAAAUACAACCAGAUGGAGGAUCUGUUGGCAGAGUUUGACUGUCCGUGCGUGAUGGACUGUAAGAUGGGAGUAAGAACCUACCUGGAGGAAGAACUGACCAAAGCUCGUAAGAAGCCCUCUCCCAGACCUGACAUGUAUCAGAAAAUGGUGGAGGUCGACCCCGGCGCGCCCACAUUGGAGGAGAACGACAAGAAGGCGGUGACCAAACCGAGAUACAUGCAGUGGAGGGAGACCAUUAGCUCAACAGCCACUCUGGGAUUUAGGAUAGAGGGUGUUAAGAAGGAAGACGGGACAGUGAACAGAGACUUCAAAAAGACAAAGACAAGAGAACAGGUGACUGCAGCCUUCCACGACUUCGUUAAGGGAGAUAAAGACAUUCUGAACCAAUAUCUAACAAGACUAAAAGAAAUACGAGACACUUUGGAGACCUCCUCUUUCUUCAAAGCUCACGAGGUGAUUGGCAGCUCCUUGUUGUUCGUCCACGACAGCAAAGGACGAGCCAAAGUCUGGAUGAUCGACUUUGGGAAAACCACGCCUCUUCCCGCUGGAGACCAGCUAACCCACCGAGCGUCAUGGGUAGAGGGGAACAGGGAGGACGGCUACCUAUUUGGACUUGAUAGUUUGGUGGACAUCGUUUCUUCCAUGGUGAACUCUGAAACUGAAAAGUGAGGGUUUCAUCUUUAUCCAUGAAUAUUUAUGAGUCCAAGUGAACUUCUGAACACACAACCUCUGCGCUCUCGGUAAGGAUUCGGACUUUCUGGAGGACCUCUUCACUGAUCUUUGAACUCAUGUUGGAAACCACAUCCUCCUGGACAUCCCAGUUCCUUACAAGUGGAGCUAAUAACAUGACAUGGCUCGGUUCCCCUUUAAUUUGUACACUUUUUAAGCUGUGAUGUCAAAUAAACAAAAUGAGAGUCCGCACACUUCAAACUUCCACCUUCAUCAGGAAUUGAGAAGGUCUCUGACCGAAAGCUUGACCAGUAAACUCCUACAUCGCAGAGUGAAGUGUGCGGAUUCUCAUUUUGUUUAUUCCACUUUUUGAUGCAGCACCUUUUCCCAGAUGAGCGGUGACUCCUUCUACUCUAAGCUGUGAUGUCAAAAUGUCUUAAAGGUCAAAAAUUAACCCUAAUCCAUGAAAAAAAUAAACCUUUUACUAAAAACAUUCCUCCCUUUAAAUAACAAUAAUUUGGAUUAAAUAAAUCUAAGAUCCAUCUCUCCAGAAAGGCUCAAACCCUGGUAUUGUUCUGGAUAAUAAUCUUAUUUUAGGUAAAUACUCACGCACAAUUUACCCUCACGAGAACUAUAAAGCUUGGUUUAUGCUUGACGCAUUUGGUUUCCGCUUGGUGAUGCGUCUCACGGAUGGAACGCGCUUCACAACUCGCAGUGUUUAUGGUUCAUGCGGCUUGUCUCUGAGGUGAGCCAAUAUUCUCCCAAACUGUAGGGGGCAGCAUGGAGCUCUACGGCAUGCAUCCAACACUACACCAUAGUAGAAGUAGAAAUUACUGUUGUUUACAACAUGGCAUUCCAGCAUUUUUAACAGCGUCCUUGUCUUUUCCGACAGAGCGAGCUAUUUCCCUCCAAGAAUUAUUAACAACAUGUUGAUCACGGUGAUCUCUGAGAGCUGAAUCAUACAAAUGUCUGUAUUUACGAACCCCUGCCAUACUAGUUCUUGCCGGUCCGCCAUGUUUUUCCGCGUCUGACCGUCCGCGUGGUUAGAAAAUUUCCUAGGUGCGCGGUGCGGAAAGUUUGGGCCGUGCGGAGGCGCGGUGGAGGGGCGUGGUUGUUAAAAUGACGCAAUUUUGCCGCGCGGAGCCGUGCGGACCUCGCGGACGCGUCAAGCAUAAACCAAGUUUAAGGAAAGCAUUAAAUAAGUCAAAUUCCCACGAUCAAAAUAAGAAAACAAACACACUCAUCCCAAACUCCAUCUUCAGAGGCAAUUCUUUGGUCUUUCAUAUAAAUAGUUUAAAAAUAGAGGAGUUUGUUUAAAAUGAGCACUUCCUGGUUGCACUCUAAAUCUUUUAACACGCCAGCACUUAUGCAAUCUUACUUUUUUAUGAAAGAUUCUAUAGUCACAGAAAAAUGGUUGAGGUUUGAAUUUUAGACUCUUACAUCUGAUUUAAAGUGGCAGUCUUGAUUAUUUCAGCCCAGGUAGAACAACGCAUAUAAACGCGUAUUUAUUUGCUAUCUGGUGACAAAAUAUGAGAACUCUGAUUUCUGAACUGCUGUUCAACACUCAAAGCUUUCAGAAGGGUUGGUGUUUUAAAUCAUGUUUGCUUUUAUUAAAUCCAACCUUUAAAUGUCAGUUUCUAUCAUUUUAAACUGUAGAGAUGCAAAAAAUGUCAGAAUUCUGUAUUAAAUUUAAAUUAGCUUCGUCGUCGUCGUCUUCCUCCGCUUAUCCGGGUCCGGGUCGCGGGGGGCAGCAUACCAACUAGGGAGCUCCAGACCGUCCUCUCCCCGGCCACCUCCACCAGCUCCUCCGGUAGGACCCCAAGGCGUUCCCGGACCAGAUUGGAGAUGUAACCUCUCCAAUGUGUCCUGGGUCGACCCGGGGGCCUCCUGCCGGCAGAACAUGCCCGAAACACCUCCCCAGGGAGGCGUCCAGGAGGCAUCCUGACCAGAUGCCCAAACCAUCUCAACUGACUCCUUUCGAUCCGGAGGAGCAGCGGUUCUACUCCGAGUCCCUCCCGAAUGUCCGAGCUCCUCACCCUAUCUCUAAGGCUGAGCCCGGCCACCCUACGGAGGAAACUCAUUUCGGCCGCUUGUAUCCGCGAUCUCGUUCUUUCGGUCAUUUCCCAAAGCUCAUGACCAUAGGUGAGGAUUGGGACGUAGAUCGACCGGUAAAUCGAGAGCCUGGCUUUCUGACUCAGCUCCCUCUUCACCACGACAGAUCGGCUCAGCGUCCGCAUCACUGCAGACGCCGAUCCAACCUGUCGAUCUCCCGAUCCCUCCUACCCUCACUCGUGAACAAGACCCCGAGAUCCUUAAACUCCUCCACUUGAGGUAGGACCCCUCCCCCGACCCGGAGUUGGCAAGCCAAAUUAAUAAAUUAGCUUAAAUCUCUUAAUGCAAAAGUUUAGCUCUUUAGUUUCCUACAUAAAUGUUAACGUAAAACUGCUAUUUCGUGCCUUUCAUGUUUCGUCAUAUUAAUCUGCCAAUAACAUGAGCUCAAUUCAACAGAUUAAAAUACAAUCUGAAAUGAAAAAAUCAUUUGUGAGUACAUUUAAAAUCCGACAUUUUUCCCUGUCUAGAUGUUAAUUCACUCUUAAAUAAAGAUCUUCAAUUUGGACUUUUUUUUCUUCCAGAAUCAUAAUUUUCCAGAUUCUAAGAUGUUUUAAUGAUUGUUCUCUGGGAUAAAUCUGGUAUCAGCAGAUCGGUGCUGUGCGAAAAUCAAAAAUUAAUAUUGGGCCAAAACUCGACUUAGAUUAAAAAUUUCACUUAGUUUUUUUGUUUUUUGGGUCACUAACUACCGCUGCAGCACGUUAUCAGCAUAACAGAAACUUGGCCUCAAUGUUUUUAAUCUUCUAGAUACACAAGUUGUGUUUUCACUUCUGAAAUAUUCAAAUAAAAACAUCAGCUCAUAGAAAACAGCACACAUGUUUUAUGCGUGUUGCAGUAUUGGUGAUUUAAAAUCAUGCAUUUCAAUCCAAAUCUUCAAGACUGCCACUUUAUUUAGUCACAGUUACUGAUAAAAUAAAUUUCUAUAUAUUUUUUUACAUUUUUAUUUUCCCAUUUUUAAACUAUUAUAAUUUUAGUGGUGGAGGUUGUACAAAUAUGUGUGUUUUUACUCCUAAAAUCACAAGAUUGUGGAAUGGAAUCUGGUUUCUUUUAUUCAUUUCCAAUGAAACCCUAAAGACUGAAAGCUCAGAUUGGGUUUAUAAUCUGGUCGCUGGUUGAGUUUAAUUCACUCUAAUCUGGUAAUAAUUAAAACGUCAGAGGAGCAAAAACAAAAGAAGGUUUCUGGUGCCGUUGUGCUUUUGUUGCCUUUCUCUGGGGUCCUACGGGGACGGCUGAGGAAGUACAGGCGCCGUUAUUUAGUUCUGUAGAGUUUUAUUUUCUGUAACAUUAUUAUAAUCUAAUCCAGUGGAACACUUACAGCUAUGAACAAUCUUAUUUAAGCUACACCGUGCCUUAACCUGUCAAAGCCAAGUAAGAAAACUAAAACAUUUGUGUUUAAAUGUACAUUUUUCCCUUAUAAAUGUGGGUUUCUGUGCGUAGUCUUAUCAAGGGUGCAUGUUAUUAACUUCUUUAAACAUUUUUUUAUUAUUUGUAAUUUGCUCUGUUUUUAUUUAAACUAUAUUAUAUUUUUGUUUUAGUUCACUGGGGGCUUUGAAAACUUUACAUUUUGUUCUCUAGCAUCUUGUUUUACAAUACGAGUGUCGUUUCAACUCCAAAUAUAAACCAGAAGAUAUUCAAGAAAUAUAAAUCUGUUCAGCUUUGUUUCAAAAAGACCAACAACGUGAGAGGAAGAGGCAUUUGCACAGGUUCUUGGUGUUUUCUAUAAGAAUUUGCUGUUAAGUAGACAAGGAAGGACUGCAGCCUCACGGUGUGCCUUUAGAAAAUAACAUGUGGGGGAACAAUUCCACUAGUGUGUCUUUUCUUUAGACUCUUCCAGUAGAUAUAAGUUGUAGUUAGUAUUUAGGACCUUUAACCUGACGCAUGUUACCUCCUGUGUGACCGUGCAGAUGCUCUAAGUGUUGCUGGUUUGUGUAUUUAUUAUUUGGACGGUGUCUUUGAAAAUACAGUUAUAGAAACA